AUGAAUACACGACUAGGUGUUCGUGUGGAAGUUCUCAAAAUCGUUUACGAGAAUGCAUCGACGAUUACAAGCACUGGCCAUCCGAGAUGUCGUCUAACAUUGCACAAGUCAGGCUGGGAUCGAGACACAUGCUCAAGCCCCCAAUUUACUUACAAUGACACUCUCUCAUGGUCGACAAGAGUGUGCUAUAAAUGGGUAUGCGACACCACAAAAUAUGCGAUGAGGGUGGAAAAUUGUUGGAUUGGAACACCGAAAAAUCCAGUAUAUAUUGUUAAAGAUAACGGAUGUACAAUUGAAAAGGCCAUUUUAACAUCUCCCGUUUAUACUUCUUUCAAUCGGGCUGCGGCGAUUGGAUGGAUGGCGGUUCGACAGAAAGAUAUGAAGCACAUUCAUGUUGGGUGCACCAUACGAUUAUGCCAUUUAUGCGAUUCUGACUGCAGGGAACUUACGCCGCCAAGGUCCUGCAAUGAUAGUCGAAAAGAUGAUUAUGACGCGAUGUGGAAUAGCUCUUCGCGCGUUCAGAAACUUUGCCAUCCGUCAACAACUACUCACUUACCUCACAAUUCGGUUCAGGACCCCAGCGCAACAUUGUAUAUCAUUCUAGGGAUCGUUUUUGGUUUCAAUUUGCUCAAAUAA